AUUAAAAUUGUUGAGAAAUAAAAGACAUAAAGCAGCGUGUUUUCCGGUGCAAAGGACAAAGUUGGCCGGCGCACACGUGGCAGCAUAGGAGCCGGUAGAUCCUCAUGCAAAUGGGUUAGAUGAGUCCGAGUAGAGGUUGAUGAGCAAAAGCUGAUGAUAAUAGUGAAACAAAGGAGAAGAUGGUGAUCGAAUAGGUAGAGAGAGAAAUAAGCGCAGCAGCUGCUUUUAGGGAGGCCAUGGCGGCGUGGCAGAGCUGUAAUUCUGCGUCUUUAAUGCAAACAACACAGCCUCAGACUCUCAAAAAGUCAUCGCUUUGCCCCCCCACCCACUCUCUCUCUUCUCACCCCGAAAUAAAGCUGCCACUCUCUCUCUCUAAAACUCCUCUCCUCUUCAUUUUAAAUUAACCAAUUCAAUCCUUUGCAUCAUCUUCCGUUUAAUCUCUAGUUCCUCACAUCACAUGCAAAUUCAUUGCAGCAAUUAUAGUACAACUUUUCCUCAUUCACUCACCUCUCAGAAAUUGUCUGCCUUAAAACCCACAAUUCAAGAAUCCCAAAAACGGCCAAUUAUUCCCGAGUCAUUUUCACCACGCUUUAUGCUAUGGAUUGCCAAUUGACCUCCACCCAACCCCAAUGGCCGGCUUCUUCUCACUAGGCGGCGGCAGGGGCGGCGCCAACCCCGAUCAAGAGGGCGCCAACCCUGACAUCAACCCGGAGAGCUGGUUCCUCUACAGAAAUGAGGAGAUUCCAUCUUACAGAGGCUUCGAGCUGUGGCAGCCGCAGCCGCCGCCGCAGCAGCAGGCGGAGAACUUCCUGCAGCGGCCCCUGCAGGAUCUGUACGCGUCGGCGGGGGGGCUGGCCGUGGGGCCGAGCCGCGGCGGGGGGUUCAGCAUCACGGAGGAGUCGCCGAGAUCGGGGUUUCUGAUGAUGAGGAGCGGCGGAGGGGGCGGCGGAGGGAUCAGCUGCCAGGACUGCGGGAACCAGGCGAAGAAGGACUGCUCGCAUAUGCGGUGCCGGACGUGCUGCAAGAGCAGGGGGUUCCAGUGCCAGACGCACGUGAAGAGCACGUGGGUGCCUGCGGCGAAGAGGCGGGAGAAGCAGCAGCAGCUGGCGGCGCUGCAGCAGCGCCAGGAGAGCGGGUCGGGGAGAGAGAGAGAUAGAGAGAGGGAGAGUGGGAAGAGGCAGAGAGAGAAUCCCAGCAGCUCCAACUCCCUUGUUUGCACGCGGAUACCUACUUCCACCACAGGUCUAGAGCUGGGGAAUUUCCCUUCAGAAGUGAGCGCAGAGGCGGUAUUCCGCUGCGUCAGAGUGAGCGCCAUCGACGACGCAGAAGAUCAAUACGCCUAUCAAACCGCCGUCAACAUCUCCGGCCACGUUUUCAAAGGAAUUCUCUACGAUCAAGGCACCGAAACCCAGUACAUGGCCGCCGGAGAGACCUCCUCCGGCGGCGGAAGCGUCAGCGUCGGAGUCCAACAGCUCAAUUUAAUAGCCGGCACUUCUGCAGCCGCUGCCACCUCCACCGCCGACACCUCCGCCCCCGCCGCCGCCACCUCCUCCCCUUAUCUCGACCCUUCUCUAUACCCAGCUCCUCUUAACAGCUUCAUGGCCGGUACGCAAUUCUUCCCACCACCAAGAUCUUGAAACAAAAUAAGUUGAAAAUAAAAUUACAAAAAUAAAAUUUAGAAAUUAAUUAAUUCCACAUUUCUUCUUACCUCAAACCUAAUCUCUUAUUAUUCCGGCGUUCCGAUGUGAGUUCCACUAUAGAAGAUGAAACAUAUAGUAUUCAAUAUCGGAUCUCCAAUGCCUUUUCUCUCCUUAAUUAAUUCUCUUUUUCACUUCUUCAUUACUACUAUUGAUGGAGCUUUGAGGUUUUUGUAAGAAAAAUAUAUUUAAACAUAGGAUUAUUUGUUCCUGGUGUUUCUUGUAAAAAUCCUAUUGAGGUUGAAGAAACAAAUAUUAAUAUAUGAUUGGAAAUUCAGGGGAUUUAUAUA